AUGGACGCAAGCUACGAUGAGAUUCCACUCCAGGUGCAGGUCCCGGUACGGGUCUUCUCGGCCAGAUGUAGCCCAGUCGUCGCAGUGAUAUACUUUGACUUUUGCGGAAAGCCGGCACAGAUAUACGUUCCGGCAUACAAGCAAAAGGGACUCAGCAGCGGCUACGAAGUGCUCCGCGAAAUGCUGCAUCUGCUGGCCGUUGAUCUCGAGCCCAAGAGUCAUUAUUGCAUGCCGGUUCAGUUUAUACCAAUCGCGAGCCAGAUUGAGGAGAUGCUAAGAGACUUUAUGCUGGAUCAUGUACCGCCACCCGCACCCGCCAUUGACUGGUUGGGCAGCUAUCCUUUGGAGUGGUUUCUGUGCAUGGGCCGGCAGCAAUUUGUCCUGACCGAGGAUGAUCGCGGCAGGGUGUUUGCUCGGAGACAGUCCGCCGCCACUGAGGCUGAAGAGCUACCACCGACAAAAUACUUGCCUCCGAUACCGCGCGAUCUACCUGCGAUUCCCACCGCGCAUCUCAAAGUGGCCCCCAUGCGCUGCGGCAAGAACCGCAUCAGCGGAUCCAUCACCGUGGACAUGGGCCAGGCACAUCACGGCGCGCACACUUAUACGUUUGUGUGCAUGCGUGAGCUUGGCGCGCGCGCCUCGGCCGAAGGCUGCCAUCGCGCCAUGGCAUAUCAGAUUCAGCAGUUGGAGAUGAUUACGCACGAUUGCGUUCACUUGGGCGCCGAGCAGCGCCGCAACAUAUGCAUUCCCGAGAUUCGGGCCUACCUCUACCACGAAUUCGCACUCAAGCCAGACAGGCUACCAGUCGGGGCCCUGUUUGAGGAGCUGCCCAAGCUCGUCCCGCUGCGCUCCUCCAAUGCCCCUCCAGAGGUGUUCAAAGAGUGCGUGCUCAGGAUCUGCAAGACCGUCGAGUGGCUCGUGGACAGGGGCAUUGGAUGGGGAGGAAGCGUUCCCUACCACCACAAGGGCCACGCACUACUCGACGCAAUCGUUGUGGACGCGUUUGGCCGGCCAUGGCUCAUGGAGGGUUUUACUGAUACCCACGAGGAUAAGCUUCUGAGCGAUCGAGUUUCCGUUCAUAUGCUCCGCCUCGAGUUUGGUUUGCUUGGAACAGAGCCGGAUACAUGUGGUACCAUUGUGUGUUUAUGCUUUUGCUGCCUUCAUGCUGCAUCUGCUUCAACUCUACCCAAAAAUCUUUGCGGCUGCCCUCCUGCGAUGAUGGCUGAACAUUUGCGUGCUACUCAAGCCAGAAUCGUUGGGAAUCAUGUUGAAAUCAUAUUUGAGCUCAACGCAAAAGCUUUUUGCCUUUUUAUCCCGCCCUUUCGAAAGCAGACGCUACUGCCUCCUUACUUUACCCGGACCUGCAAUGCCCUGGUGCACCUGGUCCUCCAAGCGACGGCAGGAAACUGGCAUCUCGGGGUGCAAAAGCAAAUCAGCGACUCUCUCGCGUCCAUACCAAAGCCCGAACUGCUGUCCGUCUGCCGUGGAAAGCCGGAAAUACCUGGCUUUUGCUUUGUGCAAUUGUAUUUUGGCCAUGCGCCCCGAUCGUGCGCGCUGCAGCCCAACGCAUACGAGGAGCCCGUCAUUCGCUUGUCCAGCGACGGCUUCGACUUGGACUCGCAUGCGCUGGACCGCGAAGACCGGUACUUUGCCAGCCAGCACGCCACUGCCAGGGUUAGCAAUAUUUCGGCCAAUGAUGUAUCCGUCACUGUAAACACGAGCAUCUCUGCUUCGCGCAUCUGUGGCGAGGUUCGCCGGAGGGACAAUACCAGAUACUACUGCAUCGUGGCCCGAGAUGCCAGCGUCAGAGGUACGAGGCGUUGGGAGUGCCCUGAGCGGCGACAGCUCGUCGUUCGUCAGGCGUUGCAGGCCGCCUGCGCAGCCGAUCCUGACGACGAUGGCUGCAUUCGAGUGCCGGAGCUCUUGGCGUAUGUUCACGAUGAGGAUAUGGAGUGUGAGCGCGGCGUCCGACUCCAACGCAUCAUGGGCGCUCUAUACAGGAAAAUAGACGGCAUAGCGCUGCGCCUGCAUAUCAACACGCCACAACGACGGGAGCCGACGGCACAAGUUCUUGCGGAUCGGCUCGCGAGCAUGAUGGCAAGCCUACACCGGCGAGGGUUUGUCUGGGGAGGCGAGCACAAAGAUGGCCAGGACUCUUCUGUUGUUGUUCAAGAGGCAAAGACGCUCAUGGAUUGUCUCGUUCUUGACAAACAGGGUUAUCCCUGGCUGAUUGACGGUUUCGGCGCCGCGUAUCAUGAAGACGUGGUUCGCAGCGACGAGAAGGCACUCGCAUCACUGUUGACUCAAAUGAAUAUAGAAGUGACUGAGCCGGUAGAAGCGUUUGCACAUGACCAGGGCUUGUCGGGCUGGCCCGAGCAGGAAAUGUCAAGCACUACUAUAGGGCAGCCUUGCUGCCGAGUUACGGUGCACAAGUUUGGCGUGAACGGCUACGGGCGCGCAGAUUUCCGACUCUUACUGUUUUGGCCUUAUGCCGUCUCUACGGGUGAAUGGGUGCCUGGUGACAUCGGCGAAGUCGUCGCGAUUUCGAGUGUGUUUGCGCAAUUGUACGCUCUGGGCCUGAAAGUCAUGAUUUGGUCUACAGUUACAGCGUUGUUCGACUUGGUCUCUCUGGCCACAACCGGGCCAUACAUUGAAGGUACUUGUACACGCUCAGACGGAGCACUUCAGUGGCUCGCAUCCCGAUUAUCCAAGAAUUCGGCAAUCUCGUGUCUUGGUCAGCCUCUCCAGCUACGCAACGCCAACCGCUAUUGGGGUGAGCAGUUUGGCAAGAAUGCGUCUGUUGUGGUGUAUCCAGCGACGACGAAAGACGUGAGCCGAGCAGUACAGGCCGCCAACUGGUCAAAGUUUGGAGCAGACUUUUCAAUCGCUGGCGGCGCGCAUAGUCAGAUUAACGCAAGCAGUAGCUACGGAUUUGUCCUGGACAUGUCGUGGAUGAACAGCUCGAGGCUGAUUCGCCAGUUUCGCGACCCUGCCGGCGGCAAGCCUUUUGCUGCCGUCGAGUACCAAGGAGGUGCCAACUGGGGCCAGGUUCAGUCAGUCACAAACGGAACUGGAUACACUGCCAUUGGUGCACGAUUGGCUAGUGUCGGCGCCGGUGGCUUCUCGCUCGGAGGAGGCAUCGGCUUCCUUGCUGGUGCACAUGGCUUUGCCACGGAUCGACUUGUGCAGAUGGAAGUGGUUCUCCCUUCUGGUCAGGUGGUUACUGCGACAAGAACAAAUAAGCACUCCAAUCUCUUUUGGGCACUUCAAGGCGGCAGCGGCCAGUUUGGCAUCGUCACGCGGUUUUGGCAACGCGCCGUUGUCGAGCCGAAACAAAGCACCAUUGCCUUUUACUACAUCAAGGACACGGACGUUUUGCGGCUUCGACGCCAAGUUGUCGAGUUUUUCAAGACGAACAAAGAUCCUUUCAGCGUUGUUUACUACAGUUUUGGAUAUUUGCCCGACAACCUGAAUAAUCCAAAGCCAGAAAGUUAUGCAAAGCGCACUUUGCUCAUCACCGCGCACUUUGAUGACCCGACCAACCCGAGUCAACCAGACAACAAGAGAGCUUUCCAAAGCCUACUUGACGGUAUUGACGUCUCGCAUGGCAUCGUUAUUCCAACCAAUCACUAUUCAAAUCUCGUUUUCCUCGGCGGAGCUGCCUAUCCUUACGGAUACCGUCGGGGAUUCUAUGGUGCUCAAACGUCUGAAAUUGACGUUGACUACCUCGCAAAAGUCACCGACACCUUUUGGAAAUAUGUCGAUACUCUUAUCGAACGAGGCGAGAAACCAUACUCGGCAUCGUUUGUUAUGCAAUACAUGUACCCGGGCCUGAAUGGGCAUUUGCCCAAGUCUGACGGUGAUACUGCUUGGCCGCAUGCUCGUGUUGGUCAUCAGACUCUGAUCACUCCAGCGUACAAGCAUUUUGAAAACGACAUGCUUACAGUCGCGGCUGUGCAAGAGCUCAAUCACGUCACCUACGCGCAGCAAAAAAAGGUUGGCAGCUUUCUGGCCAACUAUCCGAAUUACAUUGCGCCUGGUGACAGCGGAUGCCGCGUCUGGGGCCAUAACGUGAAGAGACUCGCCGAUAUUAAACAAGAAUAUGAUCCCGGCUGCUUGAUUCGCAAUGGACGAGUUUUUGCCAGCCACGGUUGUAGAAUGGGAGGUUGGGCGAAUGUUUUUGACGACUGUGCAUGA